AUGACUCCACACCCGGGAAGCGACGUGACUCCACACCCGGGAAGCGACGCGACUCCACAUCCGGGAAGCGACGUGACUCCACACCCGGGAAGCAACGUGACUCCACACCCGGGAAGCAACGUGACUCCACACCCGGGAAGCGACGCGACUCCACAUCCGGGAAGCAACGUGACUCCACACCCGGGAAGCAACGUGACUCCACACCCGGGAAGCAACGUGACUCCACACCCGGGAAGCGACGCGACUCCACAUCCGGGAAGCAACGUGACUCCACACCCGGGAAGCAACGUGACUCCACACCCGGGAAGCAACGUGACUCCACACCCGGGAAGCAACGUGACUCCACAUCCGGGAAGCAACGUGACUCCACACCCGGGAAGCAACGUGACUCCACACCCGGGAAGCAACGUGACUCCACACCCGGGAAGCAACGUGACUCCACACCCGGGAAGCAACGUGACUCCACACCCGGGAAGCAACGUGACUCCACACCCGGGAAGCAACGUGACUCCACACCCGGGAAGCAACGUGACUCCACACCCGGGAAGCAACGUGACUCCACACCCGGGAAGCGACGCGACUCCACAUCCGGGAAGCAACGUGACUCCACACCCGGGAAGCAACGUGACUCCACACCCGGGAAGCAACGUGACUCCACACCCGGGAAGCAACGUGACUCCACACCCGGGAAGCAACGUGACUCCACACCCGGGAAGCGACGUGACUCCACACCCGGGAAGCAACGUGACUCCACACCCGGGAAGCAACGUGACUCCACACCCGGGAAGCGACGCGACUCCACAUCCGGGAAGCAACGUGACUCCACACCCGGGAAGCAACGUGACUCCACACCCGGGAAGCAACGUGACUCCACACCCGGGAAGCGACGCGACUCCACAUCCGGGAAGCAACGUGACUCCACACCCGGGAAGCGACGCGACUCCACAUCCGGGAAGCAACGUGACUCCACACCCGGGAAGCAACGUGACUCCACACCCGGGAAGCAACGUGACUCCACACCCGGGAAGCAACGUGACUCCACAUCCGGGAAGCAACGUGACUCCACACCCGGGAAGCAACGUGACUCCACACCCGGGAAGCAACGUGACUCCACACCCGGGAAGCAACGUGACUCCACACCCGGGAAGCGACGUGACUCCACACCCGGGAAGCAACGUGACUCCACACCCGGGAAGCAACGUGACUCCACACCCGGGAAGCAACGUGACUCCACACCCGGGAAGCAACGUGACUCCACACCCGGGAAGCGACGCGACUCCACAUCCGGGAAGCAACGUGACUCCACACCCGGGAAGCAACGUGACUCCACACCCGGGAAGCAACGUGACUCCACAUCCGGGAAGCAACGUGACUCCACACCCGGGAAGCAACGUGACUCCACACCCGGGAAGCAACGUGACUCCACACCCGGGAAGCAACGUGACUCCACAUCCGGGAAGCAACGUGACUCCACACCCGGGAAGCAACGUGACUCCACACCCGGGAAGCAACGUGACUCCACACCCGGGAAGCAACCUGACUCACUCUCACUACUUGUUAUUCAUCGCUCAUCACAUGAUGAAACAUACUAGAGAAGAGCAGGACUAG